AGAGAGAGAGAGAGAGAGACAGAGAUAGAGAGAAUGGCAGGGAGCAAGGAUGACAUAAAGUAUGCGACUUCACAGGCCAGGCAUAGUGAAGAUGAAGCAGUGAGGGUUGGUUAUGUGAAUGGAACACCUCUUGAAGCAGGAAAGAUAGCCGAGUCUGAGCCUGUUGAUCUAUUUCCCGCUGCUCAUAACAUUUCUAAGAGCACCGAUUCUCAUAGUCAUGAUGAUUCUAGCAACCAGUCCCAGAUGCGACGUGAGCCUUCUGAUAACAUACAAGCUGCUCAUGAAUCAAACACAAAUAGUGCUAGGUUUCCGAAGAAGACUGCACCUGCUCUGAAUACCAAAUAAAGCUCUCCACUUUGGCUUUCCCUUUUGAUGUAUGCUUUCAGUAGUAUGAGUUUCUCUGUUUGUGUGCUUUCAAUAAGUGUCAUGUUUCUAGUAGCAAAGGCUUAUCAAUCUUUGACUUAGGUUAUCUGGUGUUCUAAGAGUAUCAUUCUUAGUAUCACUGGAUAUAAGUUGAAAGGGUUGAGAAUAAGGUGAACUUUUAAGUAAAGACUGAUUUGACAAGAGUUUCCUAUGUGAAAAUCACCAACCCUUAUUGUUGUAUUCAAAGGCCUUCACUCCACCUUAUGAGACGAAGGUUUUGAUAAUCAGAUUUCCGGUGCAUGAUAAUAGCAAUGGGAUAUAAAAGAAGCAACACAUUA